AUGCUCAACCGCCCCUCAGCAACUACCUCCACCUUAUUUCCAUACCUUGCCUCGCAUCAAUGCCCUAAAACAACCAUCAAUCACCCUGCGGCAACCAGGACAGAGCAACACCAGGAACACCUUGCCAGUGGCAACGAACAAGAGCAAUAUUUCGAUGGAGGCGACUCCAAGAUGGCGUCGGAACAAGACGAUGCAGAGUUGGAGGCUGCCUUCCAAGCUUUGCGCCUGUCCUCCCUCGAAGAGGCGCUCGCCUCCUUGAAUCAAGUGCCCCACUCGGAUGGAGCCUCCUCUAGCGAUAGCAGUUGCUGCAGCAAUCCUGCUUCAUCAUCUUCAUCCUCCUCCCCUCCGACUUCGCCCACAUUCUCCAAUUCUGAUUCUUCAGACACUACAUCAUCUAUUGUCCCGAAGGAUCAGAGGGGAUCUGCUCCGACCAAUGGUCCCUCUCCCAAGCGCACCAGGCGUGUUCUCAGCCAACUGGAUGUCAACGAGCUGAUCCAGAUGAAGAUUUCUCAGCUCGAGUCGGCGCCUCUUACUGAGGAGGAUGAUGAAAAAGCCAUUGGUGUGUUAUUCUUUAUUGUCUUUGACCGAGAGAUGGAAGAUGUUACUGUCACUUGA